UAGGCUAUCUGUAUUUUAAAUGACGACUCUUCAACUUUUUGCUCAUCGUUUCUGCUUGGAUCCCCUCUCAUCUUGUAUUCUCAACAGUGCUCAACACACAUCUACCAGCAAAUAAUUCCUCUCCUCUUAACAAUACCAGUGGCACCGCAAAGGAAGGAACCACCUUUUCACUACACAGAUCCUACUCCUUUGUCCAUACCCAUCUUCCUGACCAUUUAUUAGGCUUCCUUCCCCACACACCCUUCAAAAUCUCCCACCCUAUAUUCAAUCUACAAUACGCCCCAAUCCAAAACCCUUUGCCAAAACCAAGUCACACAUUCACCCACGCACCCACGCUCUUCGACCAAUCCCCCCGGCCCCCCCGCCCCCGCCUAAACCAUGGCAUUCGCCCUCCACCCCCUCCUCUCCACUUACCCAGGCGCCUCAUUCAUCCCCAACGGCAAUUUCAACGGUCCGCACCUAUCUGUCCAAUCGGGCGGUCCGUCUGUCGGUUAUUGGGGUCACGUCCCCUGGGAAACCCCUCAGAUGCCGGAAUGGGACGUCCCGCCAGCGGUAAAAGCUGUCCAGGAGGGAAGAGGGACAGGGGUAUAUGGGGUGACGUUGGAAGGUGGCGGGCAAGGAAAAAUGUUCCCGUAUGGAUGGCCUAGGUAUGGGCCUAUGCCCCUCAGGCCGGAAUUGGGAGGGUUCGUGGGGAAGAUCAACCCAUACGGUCGAAGUUGGCCUUAUGGGUUCUACAAGACGACUUAUUAAGAUUGCGUCUUGCUUUGGCAUAUGUAAGAAAUACCAUGUCACGCGUAGCAGAAUCCCGCAAAAGUCAUCUUCUUCAAUUGAUAUCUAUCGGUAAUACACAUGAGAGCUUUAUAUGAUACAAUCACUCCAUCUCUGAGACUAGCUCAUCUUCCGCUUUCCAUCUAACACAUUUCACUUUUCUAACCUCCCUUAUUUCAUCCUCUCUGAUCUCGCUCUCUACGAGUUCCUGCUCCCAUUCCCCGUUCUCAUUCAAAAAUACCUUGGCUGCCCGUAGCCAUACCAACUCCUCUGUGGUCCCCCCAGAAAUGUGGGGUUCCCCACUUGGUCAAUCGGUUGAUUACCCCAUGCGACACCUGAUUGCGCGCCGUAGUGGUAUGGAUGCAUUCCCUAUCAGUGUUUGAGUUUUAUGUAUCAGUAUAUGAAUAGACCGGCAUACGCGCUUUUUUGUGUCGUGGGGUCUUGUAGGAUAGGAAAAUGCAAGUGGUG